AUGUACAAAACCACUGGAGGAAGAAAACCCAAGAAGAAAAUUUAUCACAGAGUACACGAGCUGGACAGAGUAAUGGAGCUCCAGAAGAAACCAUCUCUUAUUUUACAGCUGAAGUCCAUCAUCCAAUCCCAGAAAACGGAGUCUCUUUUACUAAGAGACCUUGAAAAAGAAGUUGGGUUUGUGCAGAAAUGGAAUUAUAUGGCUGUCAUUGAAAAAUACCCAUCCAUUUUCGUCGUUACCGGGGGUAAAAGUGACAAGUCACCACCAGCGGUUAUGCUGAGUGAGAAGGCAAAAAGGACUGCAGCUUUGGAAGCUGAAGCAAGGGUGCAAAUGGAACCCAUUUUGGUUAAGAAUUUGAGGAAGUUAUUGAUGCUGUCAGUUGACUGUAGGGUGCCUUUAGAUACAAUUGAGAUGAUAGGGAAUGAGAUGGGAUUGCCAAGUGACUUCAAAAAAUCACUUAUUCCGUUGUACCCCCAUUUUUUUUCUCUGAAAGAUGUCAGUGGGAGAUGGUAUCUGGAUUUGGAGAAUUGGGAUUCCUCGCUGGCGGUAACUGCCCGAGAGGAGAGGCUGGCACGUGAAGGGUUGUUAAACACCGGUGAGCAUCCGAAGAGAGCUAAGAUAUCAAAAGAUGGUAACUUUUCAGGCCCUUAUGCAUUUCCCUUAGAUUUUCCUGUAGGUUUUAGGGCAAAUAUGAGUUAUCUGGAGGAAGUUCGGAGGUGGCAGAAAAUGGACUUCCCUUCUCCAUACUUGAAUGCAAGGAGGGUUGAAGCUGCUGAUCCAAAAGCUCGGAAAAGAGCAGUGGCCGUGCUUCAUGAGCUCCUGAGUUUGACUAUGGAGAAGAGAUUGACUUCUGCCCAACUAGAUGCUUUUCAUUCCGAGUAUCGUUUACCAGCUAGAUUGUUGCUUUGCUUAAUUAAGCAUCAUGGUAUCUUUUACAUCACUAAUAAAGGCGCAAAGAGUACUGUAAUCCUGAAAGAGGCUUAUGAUGGAUCCAAUUUAACUAAUAAAUGGCCCCUUUUGGAAUUUAGGGACAAAUUUUUAGAACUUAUGGGUAGGAGAGAUGUCAGUUCAUGUAUUGGGGCAUCAUCUUCUGUUACAAUUUGA